AUGCCUACUGUCGACAUUACGGAGAUUAACCUAAAAGUUGCAAGGUAUCUUUUGGAGAGGAGAGCAAUUAGCGUUGACACUCUCGCAGACGACGAGCAUUUACCAGUGAGUCAUCCAACGCUUCUACACAUCGCAAUAUGGAACGCGGAUGAAAAAUUGUUCCAUUACUUGAUGGACAAAGGUGCGAGCAUCCAUAAGAGUUUCGAAGUCUACGGAAGUGCCCUUCAUCUCGCAGUAUACAAGGCGACUUGGAACCUGCGGAUUAUUGAUUGGUUGAUCCAAGUAGGGGCCCCGAUCAACGCACGUGAGUUCUCAAGGCAAUGGACUCCAUUACAUGUUGCGUGUUGUUUAGGAAGAGAUGACAUAGUCAUGCUACUUCUAGCACGUGGGGCUGAUAUCAAUUCAACCAUCAGCAGUGGAAUCCAGGUACGAUUACCUUCUGGGGACACACCUCUCCACGUGGCCAUUGAAUUCAACCAGGAGAGGAUAGUGGAACUUCUUUGCCGGUGCAAGGCGGACGUCAACUUCGCUUCGGUGUACCGGGGAACUCCUCUUCCUUUUGCGGUAGCAAUCGGAAAUUUCAAGAUCGUGCAAUUGUUAAUAAACUACGGCGCGAAUAUUGACUACGUUUCCACGAUCCAAGAAAGUGCUGGAACAAGUUUAAUUUUAGGUGCAGAAGGAGAUUUUCCGUUGACUGCAUUGCAUGUGGCUGUUAAAUUACAGAAUAAAGAAAUGGUGGAAAUUCUGUUAAUUAAUGGAGCAGCCUGUGACAUGUCAGUCGGAACACUUGGAACUCCUCUCUACUGUGCUGUUGAGGGUAUCGACAGUAAAAUAGUGCACCAUCUCUUGAAUGCUGGAGCCGGCACUAAAAUUCUGCGCAGAGAGAAGUUGGCGAUUCAAAAAUUGAUUCGCCAAAACCAUCCGGGUAUCACUUUAUUAAGCACGGAUAUCUCUUCGUUUAUUCAUUUAACCCGGUUAAGAAGAUAUUUUAACCCUGAACAGUCAUCAUCAUCACCAUCUUCAACCUCUUCAUCGUCAGUGCCGUCGUCUCUGCCACCAUCACUAUCACCAUCAACGUCCUCAUCGGUGCCAUUAUCAUUGCCACCAUCACCAUCACCAUCAACGUCCUCGUCGGUGCCAUCAUCAUUGUCACCAUUACCAUCACUAUCAACUUCCUCGUCGGUGUCAUUGUCAUCAUGUCUACCAUCAUUAAAAUCAACGGUUCCGUCAUCAUCUGCGUCUCCGCCAUCCCCGUCACCGGAGCCAUCGAUGCCUUUAUCGUCGUCGUCACCAGCACCAUCAUCAUCAUCAUCGGACACAGAUUGCCGUCACCUUCGAAGAAACGGAGGAGAAUAA